AUGCCCGUCAAGGUGGAUAUAACGCCCAGACCCCCGGCCAACUCUAAACAAUUAGGCGUUACCGGAUCUAUAUUGUACAGCGGAUCGAAAUUUAUAGGAUUUCAGCGUUCGAAAGGCAACAGCUACGAAGUGGAAGUCGUAUUGCAGGUGUGUAGUUUUGUAACUUACGUUAUUUACGACUUAUGUGUAGCGCAGCCCGCUAUUCCUUUCGCGAUUUUGGCCCAUGUUAACGCGACGCACUCGUAAUUGAAUUUUCCAGUAUGUCGAUGAGCAAAACGGUUAUCUGUGUGGUUAUCUAAAAAUUAAAGGUCUCACUGAAGAAUUUCCUAAUUUGACUACGUAUUUUGACGGAGAAAUCAUUAACAAAAAAUGUCCUUUUUUGACGAGAAAAUGGGACGCAGACGAAGAAGUGGACAAAAAACAUUGGGUUUGUACCAUUCAUUAUAAGUAGUACAUUAAAAUAAUCCCCGUUAAAGUUUUGAAAAGAUGCACAUACACAAUUUGUUUUACUGGAUUAGGCUCUAAGCAUAGUAGGUAAUUUCUAUUGUUUGUGACCAAAAACUGAUAAAAAGUUCAGUCAUAGGUUUCAUACAUGAAAAAUACCAACAUUAUUAAUACUAAAAACUUUCUUGAUUUUUUUUUUUUUUGAUCAAAUGCAACUACAAUAGUUUCGAUUAUUCAGACUUAUGAGGUUAUGAAAUGAGACAGUUAUGAAAUGUAGUUGUACCUAUGUAGUAGUAUUGUACAAUAAUCUACAAAUUUAAAAUAAUACUAUAUAUUAUUUUUAUCUUAGAAUAAUACUUAUGUUAAAAACUAGGCCUACGUUGUAGACUGAAGAAGUAAUAAUUGUUAUGAUAAAAAUGUUGAUUUAAUAAUUUUAUCUACUUAAAAACUUGUUUUAAAGCUGAUUUUAAUUAAUCAGAAUAGGUUCCUUCCCUUCAAAUGCUGAUUAAAAGGACUAUUGUACUUUACAUCGCCUCAUAACUGAAUUACAAUACACAUUUGCAAGAACCAUGUUGCCGAUUCAACAGUUUUGUUUUAUUUGAACAUACAUAAGUUUAGAUAACACUACUACAGUGAUUGUGUAUGGGCAUUAAACACCUUAAGUCUUAAAACAUCAUCAUAAUAUUAUCAUUGUAUUUAGUAUUUUAUUAUUAAACUUUUAUUUUGUAGAACAAAUUUGCCGCAUUUUGUCAGUAUGCUAAGACAUUUAAUUCUGAUGCAUUCGAUUAUGAAGAGUUAAAAAAUGCUGAUCACGUAUUCAUGCGGUGGAAGGAGCAUUUUUUAGUGCCUGACCAUACAAUACGUGAUAUCAGUGGUGCGUCAUUUGCCGGUUUCUAUUACAUAUGUUUUCAGAAAUCUACUUCUUCCAUUGAAGGAUAUUACUAUCAUCGGAGUUCUGAAUGGUAAGAACAUUAUUUUGUUUAUUGUUGCAUUUUUAUUAAACAGUUUAUGUUAAAAUUUUAGGUAUCAAACAUUAUGUUUGACACAUGUUCCAGAACACAGCACUCAAAUCUAUGAAUUUAGGUGA